UUUUUUCGCAGAAAUUUGUGAGAUUUCUUUGUAUUGUUCGGUGAGUCGGGGCUUUGAAGAUGGUCCCUGCACCGUUAGAGGGGCUGCAUACGGGUCCAAUGGCGAACAUGCCGUCACAGCCUCCGGGGCAGGGUUCAGUGUCGUUGCCGCUGUUGAUAGAAUUCAUUGUUCAAAAAACUUACCAUGAUCUCACCGUCCUCGUCGAGCUACUGCCCCAAAAAUCGGACAUGGAACGGAAGAUCGCCAUUGUGGAAUUCGCCACAAGAACCCGGCAGUUGUUCGUGCGACUGCUUGCUUUAGUGAAAUGGGCUGCAUCCGCGUGUAAGGUGGACAAGUGCGCUUCCAUUAUGGGUUUCUUGGACAAGCAAAGUCACUUGUUCGUCGAUACCGCGGAUCUUCUUCACAGGCUUUCGAAAGAAACGCUUGUGAAUGCGAGAUUGCCGAAUUUUCUCAUUCCUGCAGCUGUGGAAGUUUUAACGACGGGUUCCUAUCCGCGACUGCCAACUUGCAUCAGGGACAAUAUCAUACCGCCAGAUCCAAUAACAGCUGACGAGAGGAAAACAACGCUGAGCAGGUUGAACCAGAUCAUUCAACAUCGGCUGGUGACGACCACUUUGCCUCCGCAAAUGAGCGAUUUCAAGAUUGCCAAUGGGCGAGUGAAAUUGCGUGUGGAUUGUGAGUUCGAGGUUUCACUCAGCUUGAUGGGUGACGGACCUGAAGUUCCCUGGAGGCUUUUGAACGUCAAAAUCUUGGUGGAAGAUAAAGUUUCCGGAGGGGGAAAAAAUCUUGUACACAAGAUGCAAGUAGAUUUUAUGUAUCAAGUCAUCCAAUCACGAUUGAUGGAUCAUCCGAAACCUUUGGUUGAGCUUUACGUUUGCCUACACGUGUUCUGUCUGGGAUUGCAGUUGGAGGUUCUUAGCGUGCAAACUCAUGCACUUUCUAGAGAACGUUUAGGCGACUUGAUCAAAAUUGAAGACUACCAAGCCGGGAAAUCGUUGUCGAUUUCUUAUUGGAGAGGAAUGCGUGGACGAGAAACUGCUCCAAGACGUGGGUUCAUGUUAACCAUACAAGUGGAUGACGGUGAAAAAGGAAAGCCCUUGUCUGUUAUUCACACUCCAGUCCUGUCGUCGGACAUGUCGGAAAUGGCUGACAAGGCCAUUCGAAGCGAAGAUCUAUCGAUAGAACGUCUGUUGGUUCAUACAAUUCACGUCAGAACUCUUGGAAGAUUGAAAAAGUUGCAGAAAGAGUUCGCACUGAAGGUGAGUCCACAGACGGAACCCAUGCUACGAGGAUCUCCAGCAGUAUUGAGCAUUCCGGUGUUGACGCCCUGUUUGGAGACUGAACAUCUGUUGAUCUCUGUUGACACAUACACGGGUCUUUAUAUAGCCCACGUGCCGCAGUAUUCGGAGUCGAAGGUUACGGAAGAGAUACAGAAUUGCCUUAACAAUAGGGAUAAGGAUAAAUUGGAUGGUCUUGUGUCCGAUCUGAGACUGUGGAUCGCUGCCAAACACGUGGAGAAAAGUGUGCAACAUUUGCCGGCCGUUUGCUAUGAGCGAUUGCCACUGUUGCACAGAACAGAUCAUGAGAUCACGAAACUGGAGCGACACAAGAGAUACAUUCGUCUUCACAAGCAUCCCUGGCACCUGAUUGUUGUGGAACUUAAAGACGCGGGUCCUGUUGCUCUCGGAGAGGUUGAAGUUCGCUUGCAUGUACUCACCGUGAAAGCUUCUUCAAUCGAGGACAAUCCUCUGGAUGACAAGUUCGAAGCUGCACUUCCAAGAUCAUUCCUGAAAGUUCAAACCCUUGUAGAACUCAACGAGUUUCUCUGCCUUCAUGGAUUGGAUGUGAAAGAAGAGUACGUGGGCAAGGCCGGACGAAAACGUCGCCGAGUUUCUGCACCAUCUGGUGGAUAUGGUCCUGGAUUUUGCUCGAUGUCCUCUCCUCAAGAUGAAGAUGCCUUAGUUGCUAGUACAAACGCAGGUUUUCCGCCUCCACCACCUGCGAAGAGGCAGAAACACGUUAGACUUGCUCCAGAUGUCGCCCACAUGGUUGCCUUGGUUGAUGACCGUUUAGUGUACGCAGCGUUGGAGCAUGAGUUAACCAAACGACGGGUAGUUCACUCAGGUUUCCGUGCGGAGACGGAGUUCGGAAACUGCUUGGACGUCAUUUGGAUUCCCGCUCCAGCAGUUGGCUUAAUGAAAGAAAGUCCUGAGGAUGCCCGAAAGUUGGAUGAAGAUUUGAAAAAUGUUGUUAAGGGUCUCAGUUCACGGCUGACCUCGGUCCGAGCGCGAGUAUGCUGUAGGCCGACGAAAUCUUGGAUAGUUGAAUUAGUUUUUAAAUCUUCGCCAGUUGCCAGGUUCUGUCUGAAGGACGACGGUAUUCGACAAGUCGUGCAUUUAAUAUAUGAUGUACAAACCAGUGACCUGACGCAUUUAACUGUUGAUGCCUUUCUUCGUGAAUGGGCCCAAAUUGUUCGUCUGUACCAGCUAGUUGUGCGAUUCGCCAAUGAUUACAAAUCGAACUUCGUUGGGCUUAAGGAGUUGGUGAAGAUCAAGUCGUAUAAUUACAAGCGACUCGUUUUACUUUACGGGCCGGGAUAUCGAUGGAUGCUGACGUUACAAUGGAAUGCUAUGGAUGAAAUGUACCACAUGUUUUUUGGAGCCCAAUCGGAUCUUCGCAAUCCUCAUGCGUUGAUGAGUCCUCUUAUAACGCGGUGGUUCAACCGUGAUCCAGACCUUGCUCAUCUAGUAAAGAUGCUCUGCGAGACGCUGAAUCCUUUGUCUUCUUUGGCUAAACUCAGCACGAGACCUCACGUGGGGCAAGUGAUAACGAAACCUCAAGCUCCUCUACCGGUGUUCCUGGUUGUGCCCGAAUCCGCGUUUCAUUUACGGGUUUACUACUACUCCUGCUACUGCUUGGAAAUAUUUAUUCGAGGGAAUGGUUUGGUUGGAAUCAGGGAUGGUGCCUUUUCGAAAUUCAAUUGGAGCAAAGCUGUGGGAGAUUUGACACCCAUACCCAUGCUGAAGACCUUUUUAAACAAAUUUUAUGACGAUGCUGCCGUGAGUUCAAGAAGUCAAAAGGGAGUCGGUGCUGGGAUUAUGUUCAGUGGGAAAUCCAGUAUGAUUUCAGCGGAGGAUGAUAAUCCUCCUUCGCCAAUGGCGAUGACAUCAGGAGGAUCAGGUUUUGGUCAUCACUAUCAGCAUCAGCAGCAGAUGGUGAAAUCAUCUCCUUUCCAGCAACCCAUGACACCUCCUGUUGGUGGAUCAAAUCCGCAAACUCCUGCAAGCCCGGCGUGUUCUCAAAUGCCGCCGCCUGGGCCAUCUCCUGCUGGAGGAAUGGCGCCUGCGAGUCCAUUCACGUCAAUGAAUCCCACUGCGGCAUCGCCCAUGCAUGGUUGGCCGGGUUCUCCGAACGUUGGAUCGAAGCCGCCUUCACAGCCGCCAAUGUGGCGGCUGUUGAUGUUGAUGCUGGGCUACAACAAAAUAAAUCUGAACAUAAGGACUGACUUGACGUCGAGGUACGCAGAAGCGUCGCAAAUUCCUGUCGAAAAAUCUCGACGCACGUCCCACAGCAGCCGUCGCUCGUCAACUGAUUUGAAUCGACCUCACUCUUAUUCCCACGAACCGGAAAGAAUCCACAGACAUUGGAAUCGUUUCGAAAGACCAAAGCGGAAACAAGGAGAAGAAACUGCGAAAAACAUGGUUGUGGUGAAGAACUGUUGCGGAUGUUGCGACCUGAGGAAAGGAGUCCUGCUCGUCGCCAUUCUAAAUUUGGUCAUUGCAGGGGCCAUUUGCGGAUAUUUUAUUAACGUCCUGGCGAACUACAACAACAACGACGUUUAUGGAAACGUGAAGCAAACAUACGACGGUAUAAAAUCCGGCCUGGUUCCCGCUCUCAACGAUUGGGUGGAGGGUUUCAUGGGAAAAGACGAAGCAGAAAGAGGCACACUCAAGAACGGUGUGAUCGUCAUCGUCACCAUCUGCGCCAUCUACGUCGUCAUUUCCACAGUCAUGGCCGUCGGAGCUUACUAUGCGAUCACGGGAUACUACUUUUAUUACCGGAUUGGCCUUUUACAAGUUGCAGACGAAGGACAGUUCAUCAUACAAAUCGCUCUCUUCUGCGUAGUAGCAGGUUUGAUGGCUUACGGCUGGAUGGCAGCAUUGAGCAACUUUCAAACCUUACUGACGACUUCGAAGGACAAAGUGACUCCGGUAGAGGAGUUCCAAGUGGGCGAAUACGGUGAUUCUCAAUUCACGGGAUUCGAACAGACAAAGCAACCAGUUAAGCAGUUAAUCCUUGCACCAUCUGACCAUCUCCACACAUUCGGGAACCAGUACGAUGAUAUUCCCAGAUCACCACUGCGUGUCGCGGACUGAAUUCAAGAGAGAAACGAAAAUCAGGGAAUGCUUCAAGAAUGUGAACAUUCGCAUUCCUGAGCUUUGAAGCGCGAAGCUGCUGCUAAGCUAGUCCCAAUGAAAUCAUGAAUUGACUGUUUUACGCAUUUUCCAGCGACCUUCUGCUUCUUGUCAGUACCGUGAUUUCGUUUAUUUUUUGCUUUCAUUUUGAUUGAUGUAUACGACACUUUGUUCCGAUAUAUACGUUGCAGAAAGGAAUGAAACAUUCUUCUAAAAAA